CCUGCUGCCAUUCUGGCAUUACGUCAAUGGUGGACGUCUCAUUCGCUGGUUUGGGAGGAGUUGCCGUGACCGCCAUUGUUACAACUCCGUCGUCGUAUUAUACGGAGACGUGAAUCCGCGCUUUCUCCGUGGGCGCGCAUCCGUGUUGCAAUUAUCGAGGAGCCGCCACCCCGGGCCCGAUAGCUCCGCGCCUGCCGUCAACUGGACGACAAGCCGUCAACCAAAAGCGUUCUCACGGCGUAGCAUGUCCACGAUGAAUCCUGAAUACGAUUACCUGUUCAAGUUACUUUUAAUCGGAGACUCCGGUGUCGGCAAGUCGUGUCUGCUGUUGCGUUUCGCCGAUGACACAUACACGGAAAGCUACAUCAGCACCAUCGGCGUAGACUUUAAGAUCCGCACCAUCGAUCUGGAUGGCAAGACGAUAAAGCUACAGAUCUGGGACACCGCGGGUCAGGAACGGUUCAGGACAAUUACGAGUUCGUAUUACCGUGGCGCUCACGGUAUCAUCGUUGUUUACGACUGCACGGACCAGGAGACAUUUAACAAUGUAAAACAGUGGUUGGAGGAGAUUGACCGUUACGCAUGUGAUAACGUCAAUAAGCUGCUAGUUGGCAACAAAUGUGACCUGCACACGAAAAAAGUAGUCGAUUACACAACGGCCAAGGAAUACGCAGAUCAGCUUGGUAUACCGUUCUUAGAAACCUCGGCGAAGAACGCAAUGAACGUAGAGCAAGCUUUUAUGACAAUGGCCGCGGAAAUCAAACUCAGAGUGGGCCCACCGUCGAGCGGAGCGAGCGAUCCGGCUAAUAAGGUGAAAAUAGAGCACGGACGCCCAAUUGAAUCCUCCAAGUCUGGAUGCUGCUGAGAACUGUAAUUUUGCGUCCCUUUAACCAAAAAACAUCUAACGGUUGCGGUCCGGGUACUGCGGAAAGUAAACUUAUUACUGGAGAGCAUAAGAACGUACCUGGAAGUUUCAGUUUAUACCAACAGACAGAGGAAGAAAAAAAGAGCAAAAAGAAAAAAUCUCUCUCCUAACAUACAAACAUACACACACACACACACACACACACACACACACCCUCAUGGACCAUGGGUCAACUCCUGUCGCGCGGGGUUGUACAAAAGUCUCUUGUUCGCCUGACCUUUUCUCUUUCCUCUUCUACUUCUUUUUUGUUGUAGCUAAUCUUACUGAGGGAGAAAGGACGCGACGUUUGCUCCACGCUAUAUGUUAUAGCAUAAAAACUUCGACUUUAGUCGUCGAAUUAGCAUCGAUUUUAAACAUGUCUUUAUCGAGUGCGUGCGUGUGUGCGCAAUAAGGGGUGACCCGAGAAUCUUGAGAAGAUUAAGUCGGAUAAUAUCGUGUAUGGUGGUUAUAAAGAGUAAGCACUUUGAUUUUCUUUUCUGUUUUUUUUUUUUUAGCCUAAUUGUAAUGUGUACAAUUGAAGUAUGUAUGCGUUUUAGCCGUGUGACGACACGGUGUCGCGUUUCUAUUCCUCUAGUAAUUCUAUAAUUCUGGAACGUCGUUUCUCACACACGUCUUUUUCGUUUCCCGUCGAAGUGCGCGCGCGAGAACUCUCAGAUCGAGUCUGCCCUUUUUCUUUCUUUUUUCUAGUGAGAUUCCAUGGACAAUGAUCGCCGUACCAUCCCUUCCCCCCAAACUUCUUUCUCACCGCUCAUUAGUGUAAUUUAAUAACAUAUUAAUAAAUAUUUCAACAUUAACUCUCUCUCGGAACGCAUACAUAGCGCACCUCUAUGGUAUAUACAUAUAUGUAUACACACACACAUAUAUAUGUGUGCAAGAUUGGCGCAUGUGAUGAUUAUUCGUGCACCAAGCGAUAAGCCAGGAGAGACAGCGAAAAGCUUCCGUUUGUGUUUUCUUUUAUCGACAGUAUCGUCGAUCUUUUUUACAAUUCAAAUACGAUCCGAAUAUCGAUUAAAGGGUUUUAACCGGGUUUCGACUUGUGGAUCGAACAGAAAGAACGAGAGAGAAAGAAGAUAGGGAUAUUUUAUACCAGUUAAGAUAUUACAGUUACAUUUAAUCUCCAAAAUCGUAUCUUUGUAUCGUGAAAAUGCUACUGUGACGGGUAUACGAUAACGGCACUCGAAAAAAAGUUUACAGAUAUAGUAACUGUAAUUAUAUAAAAUACGGAAGAAUAAACAGCCAUCUAAACGGAAA